AUGUCGUCGAAUGAGAAGAACCUUAUAGAAAUCUUGGAGGAAGGUCGCAAAGUCGAUGUAGUUAAGUACAUCGAUUACGUGAGUGCUCCUCAAGCCGGUGCUAUAGCGACAUUCUCGGGGACUACAAGGGACAUGUUUGAGGGCAAAACAGUGUUGGAGCUAAGGUAUGAAGCAUAUGUACCAAUGGCAACACGAUGCCUUGGCUCGAUCUGUACAACCGCUAGAUCAACUUGGGACAUCCAUAAGAUUGCAAUUGCUCACCGUCUAGGACCAGUUCCCGUUGGAGAAACCAGUGUGUUCAUCGCGGUCUCAUCUGUUCACCGUGCAGAUGGUUUAGAUGCUUGUAAAUUCUUGAUCGACGAGUUGAAGGCAUCAGUUCCAAUAUGGAAGAAAGAGGUGUACACUAAUGGAGAGAUUUGGAAGGAGAAUUCUGAGUUUAUGGAGAAAAGAUUGGAGCUUGCGGAGAAAAGAGAGCUUGGGGAAGAAACCUGUGGUUGA